AUAACAGAUUUUCUGUAACUUUGAAUAUUUUCGCGUGGGUGGGGGCUUUAUUUUGGUGUAAAAUAACUGGUUAUUAAACUCCACAGACACUAACAGUGUCGCGAAGCGGCUCACAUAUUUCCCACGUACUGAGGUAUAAAUUGCCACAGUGCAAUAAAUACCACAGUGUAGUUAGUCUUUAGUCCUUUGUUGCUGUCUGUCCACAGCCUUAAUUCUCCCACUAAUGCAGCGUUCCCUCGCGUUUCCUAAACUUAAGCGACUAUGGAGCAAGUCACUCGGAAAAAGUAAAAAUGCACCGAACUCAAAUGUCGAAUUGUAAUGUUAUGGCUGAGAUUGGCAUUUUCGCAACAUGUUGUUCUUGUCCCUGUGUUGUGGUACUGAGGCUGAGUGGAACUGCAGUUCUCAGACGAUGCAACUUUUUCCCUCAUCUCCAAGCUUCAUUUCUAUCUAUCCCAUCUGGACGGUGUGGGCCCAGAGUACCUGUCUGCACUGCAGGUUUUACAACUAUGGAAGAAGACCUCACAAUAUCUCAGGAUUCCGCCAAAAACCGCAACAUAUCAGUAACAGAGGAUGAAAAAGAAAAGGUAAAAGACUUUGUGUAUAAGCAUUUCAGAGAAGUGACAGAUGGGUCGCUCUUCAGUAAUGGAGAAGAACCUUCCAUUAAGGAACAUGGGAGUUCCACCAAGAAAGAGAAACUCUCUCUCAAUAAAGCCCAUUGUAAAAUUCAGCAGGGGGCUGUUUUCUCUGGAAAGAUUCUGAGCUUUGAAUGCUCAGUGUGUAAAGAUGAUUCCACAUAUAGCCCCAAUGAUCUCCUUAAACAUUUUCGGGCGGCUCACAAAGGAACCCUUCCUACAUACCCUUGUGACCUGUGUGGUUUUGUUACAAAUGAGUUUCCUGCUCUUCAACGCCAUCGGAUUGAGCACAGGAAUACUUUGGUUACAUGUGAGCUCUGCAACGAUGAUGUUCAGUACUCUCUGCUUUUGCUUACCAGACAUUACAUCAUGUGUCACAGUCUAAAUGGACAGUUUAACUGUGAUUGGUGUGAGUUUACAACUGUGGAUGCAGGUACGUUCGUCCAGCACAUCCAUCAUCAUAAUGAGAGUCCUUGGAAGUGUUCGAAAUGUAGACAUAUAAGCUCGAAUGAAGAGGAUCACCAGAGGCAUGUGAAAGCUCAUUCGGGUACAUUCCCCUUCUCUUGUCAGAUGUGUGGAUAUGGUGCAGCAAGAAGCGAGUACCUUAAAAAACACAUGGCAGCUGUUCACAAAGAGGAAGCAGAGCGAAGGAAUGUAUGGAAAGCUAUAGAAGACGGAGCUACUUCAGCAAAUUCAUCUGCAAGCUUGAAACUUUUGCUAAAAAAGAGCGGUGAAUCACAGGAGGCUCAGAGGAUAACAAAACUGAACUGCCUUUCUGGGAGUUUACCAAACCAAAAUGGCAGGCUAAUCAAACCAGAGAUACCCUUAGAGGAGACCCACCACUUUGUAGAUGGGACUAUAGCUAAUAAGGACAACAAAAACUGGAGCAAAGGCUCUCAUAACACAGAGCAGUCAAUGCCAGUAAUGUUACAGGAAUGUGACAACUCGACAAGUUCUGAUGCUGCAAGUCACUCGAAUCCUAAUGGACUGACUGUUCUGAUGGUUAAGAACAAAAUCUCUCUUCCACCCAACUGUACAACCAAAGUGAUGGGAUUCAAGAUGGUUGAUGGCAAAAAACAUUUAGUUCUCAAAGUAAUACCAACAGCAAAGCAGGACUCAUCCACUCAGAACCAUUCGUCAGUUGAAGAUGUGGGCUCCUCAGCACCACAUCCUGUGUUGGAUAACAGUAAAAUUACUAUUGAGAAUGGGGAAUGCUCUGAUAACAAGAGCUCAACAUCACAUUGCUUUGCUGUUUCACCAAGAGCUGGAUCUUGCAUACAGAUAGAUCAAGGUGAUAUUAUGGCAGUAAAAGUAAAGAUUGAGGAAGAAGAAACCUCUGUCUGCAACCUUGAUUCCAGCCCACAUAGAGAUGAUGUUGGGGAACAAUCCAAUCCUUUACUGAAUAGGUCUUUGACGUGUGCAGAUACGUUAUAUCCUGUGACAAAUGAGUUUCAUCAUCGAGGCGACCAAAGUCGCCCGAUUCAAACAACCUGCUCAGAGAGAAGUAAGUUUGAUAGUAACUCUGCAACAUUUAAUUCUGAUGCAACCAGCCAUAGCGGUUCUAAAAGUAAUACUUUGACAGGUUUAUCUUCACCUUCAAAAGUUGCUCAGGAAACUAUGCUUUGCAAACAAGUCUCCAAAAAAACUGUUGAAAACUGUGGGGCUGUAGAUGAGUUAUCAGUGACUGAUACAGUGGCAGAUAAACUCAUUGAUGAACACAAAUGGAUUUCUUCCUUUAACACAAUAGAAAAAAAUGACCAGUCCUCUCUGAGUACACCAGAAAAGGAGAACCCUAUUAGGGUUAGAACUGAGAUUAAACAUAUUAAUGGCCAACAAAAUUUUAAAAAGCUUUUGACAUAUCCACCUCCAUCAGAGUCAUCCCCACCCACUUCACGUAGCCGCAGAGAGAGUGCCACAGGCUCAGAAAACUGCACACAAAAUUCACCAAACCAGGAAGUAUUUACUUUUCACAAUUACUCCAAGGAAACAUUCAGCACUUCACCCAACACUACCCAAAACUUUGACAAUAUGUACGAACAUUCAGCGGACAGAGACAGUAUUUGCGAAUCAUCACAGUUUAGCUUGACAUUGGCAGAGUCUCCCGAUACAUUCACAGAAAGUGGCAGUGGUGAAGAGUCAGCUCAAGAAAAGAAUGGGGAGGACAUGAACAAAGUGACAGAUAACAAUAUUGAGGUUAAUGAGUGCAUAGUUGGCGAUCCCCUCACUGAGGAUGAAAAUCCAGAGUCAGUGCUCCAAGACUUUAAUAUUAUCAAAAUUGAGGAGGAGAGCAUUCCUAUAUCCAAAAAACAGUCUGAAACAAAGAGUAGUUCAACUUCCUUGGGUAGUUUUGUGGAAGAACACUCGGAUGCAAUCAUUACCCAACAACUUAAUAAGGAAAAAGUAGGGUCUUCAAGUGGAAGCAAUGAUUCUUUGAAACAAACAAAAACGACUCUACGAAUUCUUCAAUUGCCAGAGGGUAAGCAGCCAGUACUCCUAAGGACGACUGAGAAUCGAUUUGCCAUGCCAGUGCAAGUCAAGACCACUCCAGGUUUCAAACUGAUAACCAAUUCUGCAAACCCUCAGAUCAAUGUAUCUUACAUGAAGCCAGGGUUAGAAAAAUCGAGUAACCCUGCUGGAGUAACUCUUUCUCCAAACAGCAGGAGGAUAGGUGUAUCAGCACCAAAGGCAGGAGCAGCUGAAAAAGGGGCAACACUUCUCUCUGCGGUUCAACCAGGUGUUGGCACCACCUCAAAUCACUACUUCAUCAACAGUCCAGGUUUUAAGGGUCCUGUACUCCUGUCAAGCACACCACAUAAUACACCUACAGACAAAACAGCAAAGACACAGCAAACUUGCUACUUAGUACAGAGGUCUGUUCCAUUUGUUCAGAACCCGAGUACUCCUGGCCUCAGACCGGCGAGUUCACAACUCCCACUGAAUUCACGGCCAGUUCUGGCCAUGCCUGUAAGCUCAGCAGAUAAAUCCAGCACUCUGCAGACCGGUCGGCAGGCAUUCUUGCUCCGUUACAUUUCUCCAUCCAAAUCCGGCCUACUAUUGAACAACCAAGACGCAAAGACUGGGGCUCAGAGUAGCCAAACCAGUGAAAGUACUGGAAACAAAGUUAUAUUUAAAAUUGUCACUCCUAGCGGUAGCCUUCUUACAAGUGGCGCUCCCACCUCAAGCAGUCAACCUUUGUUUUUGGCCACCAGACCUCAGACCCAGUGUUUUCUGGUGUCAUCAAACAAAACUAAUACAAAUGCCUCCAAUGGAGUAAAGAAAUUGAUUACCAUACAUAAUACUACACAGAAAGAUGUCAAGAAAUCUUGCAUUUCACCUUCUCAGAUGAAUGUAAAGGUACCAGGUGAAGCAGAGAAACCUAUCCUAGCCCCAAGGCCAAUUCGGCCUCCAAGCCAAAGGAAAAGGCGCAGGAAAGCAUUAUUUGACGAGCUUCCAGCAACGGUGCAUAAAGCUAGAAGGCUCUCAAAUAAAGUUCUGACUGAGAAAGAGACUACUGUGUUAUGGAAGCCUGUAGCCAAAGAAGUUGAAAGGACACUGAGACUUGCUCCAUUCAGUUCCCUACAGCAGGUCAAAUGCCCUCGUAGAUACCAACCUGUUGUGGUGCUGAAUCAUCCAGAUGCUGACAUUCCCGAAGUGGCUAAUAUUAUGAAGGCUGUAAACAGGCAUAAAGGUGCUGUUACUAAGGUCUCUCUGUCUCAGAAAACAGUUCAAGCACUCUCUGAGCUUGGUGCUCUAGGGGAGAAUUCUUCGACCAAAGGUGUGUCGUCUCAAAGCGAUGAUCAAAGACCUCGGCCAGUUCGGAGUUCUGUCCGAGAGCGUUUCCUCCUGAAAAUGAAGUUAAGGAAAAAAAGCAAAAAAAAGUACGAAGUAGUAGAUACUUUAUCAGGUUGUGGACAAGAGCCUGUGGUGUUUGACUGCUGGUUUUGUGGUCGGCUCUUCAACAGCCAAGAAGACUGGAUUGGCCACGGCCAGCGACACCUCAUGGAGGCAACUAGAGACUGGAAUAAACUGUUCUGAGAGUUUUCCAUUACCUUUUAAAUGGAUUGGUAUUCUGUCCUUUUGAGGUGGAACAAAUUGUUGAAGUUGUAUAUUUUUUAAUAACCUUCCACGACACGUUUGUUAAAUUUCUGUUCCUGUACAUACAUAUUCUUAAGUGAAUCAUAGUUUAUCUUUUCAUAGGUGCAUAUUCUUGUAAAUUAUGUACUGCAAGUGUGAUUUUCUAUCAUGCACGCACAGGUCAAAUUGAACUGUGAAAAUGGUACACUGUAAUUAAGAGUUGUUGUAAGAGGACAAGCUUAAAGAAAGGGGACAAUGUCAGCAAAGGCUGUAUGCAGAGUUGGUUUAAAUUACUCAGGUGAUUUCAUAUUAAUCUGGUUUGUCAUUUUUGCUCAUAAAUUUCAAAAAAGCAUAGUUCAAGGGACUUUUGUAUCUUUUAUUAUCCUGCACAUGAGGACAGGAAACUGUAUUUGUAUAGCUGAACUAAAGCUUGUAGACAAAUUUUUUUGCGCUUGUGAUGAAAAAUGUUCUGGUCCAAAUUAUUCCUUUUUGUAUGUUUAAAUUGAACAGGAUAUCAUUUUACACUAUUCUAUUGUCAAGAUUAGUUUACAGUUUCCUCGUCAGGAUUUUGUCAACCUGUAGCAUGUAUUUGUUAUAACUAGUGCAAAGAUUUUUCAUGGUAAUCUCUUAAAUAGACAGGCGGUUUUCUAAAAUACAAAAAAAGAAAAGAGAAAUCCUGUACCUCUUAUACAAGGAUGUUGUCUUGGCACUUUGUCAGAUCUUGAGAAAUACAGAUCAGCCUGUUUUACACCCUAUGCAGUAUCGAUGCAACAAUAUUUUUCAGCUCAGGCUGUUUGUUGUGUCGUGAAUCCACAUUUCUAAAUUUUUCUGCUAAAUCUUAAAGGUCCCAUUAAUUUGAUUUCAGAUUGUAAUUUUAUGUUGGUUAUUCAUUCAUUAAAAACAUCAACAUCAAGAGACUUAAUAUGAAAAUGAGUCAGAAUCUUGUCACCGGGCUUGACUGUAAGAUUUGGCAUCCACUUCCAAAACCUUUAGAUGCCAGAUUUGAAAAAAUGGCUGCAUUCUUUUGAUCACUGAUAAUUGGAAUUGUAAAGAUUGGGUGAGUAAUUAUACCCUGUAUUUCAAUGAUCAAUCAAUAGUUAAAUUAGGGCUGCAACUAACAAUUCUCACUAUCAAUAAAUCUGCUGAUUAACCCUUCAACUAAUAAUUAACUAAUUAAGGGUCAGAAAUGGAUAAGGGUAAGUCACUAUUUUCUAAAGACCAUGGUGACGUCAUCAAAUUUCUUUGUUUUGUCUGACAGUCCAACACCAAAGAUAUUCAGUGUAUUAUCACAUAAUGCAAAUCAUCACCAUUUAGAAGCUGGAAUAAGGCAAAGUUUUUGCUUGAAAAAUUACUUCAACAAUUAAUCAAUUAUCAAAUAUUGGCAGAUUAUUUUUCAGUUGAUUGACUAAUAGAAUAAUCAACCUUAUUGUUUCAGCCCUAGGUUAAAUUUAUUACUGUAAAUUCUCAAAUAAAAGCAGGUAUGAAAAUAUUGGCCAAGGCUCAAAUAAUGAUAUUAUACAUUUCCAAUUGCUUUUACUUUGCCCUUUUGAUGUCACCAUCAAUGAAUAGCAAAUAAUUUAGCCACCUGGACCACUAGGGGCAGUGGGAAACCUUGUUUUUGCCCCUUGAAUCUAUGUUGCUGCUGGUGCUGAUUAAAAUAAGGAUAAAUGUAGUUGUUAUGAGGGGACGGGAGGGGUUGGCUGGAUCAUAAAUCCCAAAUACACAAUGCAACAGAGAAAAAAAAUGUUCAACUGCACAGGAAUAGAUGACGGUGUGUAUAUAAAAAAAUGUGACUAGAUUUUAGAAUAAUAGAACAAAGUGCACCCAGGGACCCCCACAUGAAACAUUUUCAUACCUUUUAAAAAAUGGUUUGUGGUUCAGUAAAAGUUUUACUUCAAAAUACUUUAAAAGUGAUAAAAUAGUGACUGUCACUUUGGUUUUUCAUGCUCUGUAGACAUUGUAAGUGUAGUAGGAGCCCUGAACGUAACCCAUGUGUUUAGCAUUAACUUUGACCUUUUAUUGCAUUAAUGUACUGUAAAUCUGCUCACUGAGUUCAGUAUGCUCUACAUUCAUUUCUUUUGAUGUUACAUUUUACAUAUUUUUUUUAUGGCAACAAGACAUGGACUUCUUCAUGGGUUUUAAUGAUUGUAUUACAGGAUAAUCGAACCGUGGAAUGAAUGUUUUAUUCCGUUCAAUAUGCAAAAGUGACAGAACAAUGCAAGCCAUGCUAAUGUUUUUAGUUUGUUUCCUUUCGAAAUGGUUCUAAUCAGCCAGCCUCCAAUUGCUGAAGUUCUGACCUCAGCAGGGUCCGCUUUUCACCAGCGUUUGCUAAGUUGACCACUCCAAUCAGCAACAGGGCGUUUUAUUCUACAUUAGUUAAUUCCCUGACAUCAUAUCUUGUAAAACUAUAAAUGUAGCAUGAGUAGUAGCUACAUUCCACUGAUUAUUAGGAUUUAAAAAUUAAACCAAACAUACAUUUGACUUUCACUUGGUUCACCGGGUGUUUUCACAAACUUUUAUUGAAGGAAUCCCUUUUUGGAAAUAUGUUUGUACUGUUGAGAGUGAGAUGAGAAGAUUGAUAUCAAUCUUAUGUCUGUUUGUUGAGUACAGAGGUGGAGUCGGGAGGUGUUUGGCCUAGCUUAGCAUAAAGACUGAAAGUAGAAGGAAAUGGCUAGCCGGCUCUGUCCAUAGUUUAAAAAUACACAUACCAGGCCUUCACAUACCGUUUUUUUUUUUUUUCUCCUUGAGUGAUUAACUCGCACUUGUCAAGCUUAGUUUUUUGUCAUGUACUUUCACACAGAACGCAAAUAUUACACAGCGAGAAAGCCUGUUUUUUUUUGUUUGUUUUUUUAAAAAUUAAUUUUGAAAUCUAGGUUAAUUUGGGCUUUUGCAGCACGAAAAAAGCAACUACAUUCUGCGGAAAAGAUGUUGCAUCGUAACUCAUUGUGGACCCGUUGAUUGUUUCUCAUCACCCUGUAUAUGACAAAGGGGUGACAACAGUAAGUUGGGAUGCUAUGUGGGUGAGUAGUUUCCGUGUGAUGUAUUCACAGACGAGUAUUUUGCCUUUUCAUGUUGUUUAUACGCCACGUCCCUUUUAAGCUCACUAAUUAGGGGAGUUGGAACUAUUUUGUUACAAACAACAGUUGCAGUAUCCAUCCGUCCAGUAUUUCUAUGCAGUGUCUUGGCUCCAGCGUGGGUUGCCAGAUAUGCUUAGUGUGCACAGGUUUUAGUAGAACACUCUCUACGGGCACAAUGUCACCAAACCUGUCAACCUCCCUUAAAUACAAGACUUCUGGAAGCUGCAGGACUGAAGUUUGUCAAGAAAUAGUUCCAGCACCAAAACUCCCCCCAAAACCACAAAUCAGCAUUUGUUUGUUUUAGAUAAAAAAGUGAGUUAAUUGCUGAGCUUGGACCUUUGGACAUACUUCUUUUAGCUAUUUGAGCUGUCUACCCAUGCUUCCAGUCUUUAUGAUAAGCUAGGCCAACCAAUGUGACUCCAGCUCUGUAUUUAAUGCACAUUAGAUUGAUAUUGAUCUUCUCAUGUCAUUCUCUGAAAGAAAGAGAACAAGCUUAUUUUACAAUCAUGACUUUAACUCAGCCUACAAAAUGUUUAACAGUGUAUACAGUGUUUAAAGGAUUUAAGUUAAUCUCCUGUCCUACAAUAUUCAUGUGAUUUUAGUAUUCCACUCUUCAAAGUGGUUCUGGACCCAGUUUCUUUAAAUCAAGGGCUACAAUUUAAAAUACUGCUUACAUAUGCAGUACUUUUAAAAUAACAGGAUAUAAAUAAACUAAAGGUUUAACUAAGAGGGAUAUUAACUUUUUGAUUGGUUUUUAAUUGUUUAAACUGAACUCAGCUCAUGUCUGCAUUAUAUGUAAGUUUUGGAGUUUUAACACAAUUGAGUACAUAUUUAAUGCAAUAAUUUAACAAUAACAUGUUGUAUUUAUGAAUUGUUCAGCCCACUUUCUCUUUGAUUUUGUAACUCACCCCUAUCAUACAAUUGAUUACAGCCAAAUGGAUGCCAAUUAACUCUUAUUUCAGUUAGUUUCAGAGGUUUGUUUCUGACUGAUCACAAGGUUUCAUUUACAUAAUGGCCAUGCACAGUGUGAAAACACCUUUUUGUUGUUUCCUCUUUCGUCACUGCUCUCAGGCCAAAGAACGAUUUGGUUUUAUCAUAAAAUUUUAAAAAGGAGUAUUGCUGAUGGGAUUUCUAACUGUACAAACGAGUCCUGCACUGUGAUAAUUACAAACCACUCAUUAUAUGGGGAUACACUACUAGAUGAGCUCAUUUUGAAUUUUGUAUGAGCCUCAAAUUAAAGUGAACAAUCAUUGAAAUCCAGCUUCUACAGCUCAGCCCUGUCAGCUUUUAGGAUGAUUCUCUACCACACACUAGAUUGUGUCAUCAUGUACAGUCAACUGUUCAAAUUGUUACUGAAUCUUUCCUCAUGCUAAGUGCCUCAAAUGUGCUUUGGCAGGUUGACAAUGUGUACUGUAUUCUUUUGUUCAACAUAGUGGUGCACUCUCCUCUAAUAAAUGUAUAU